AUGGCCUCCGAUCAAUCCUCUCUAUACGGACAACGCCGUACCAAAUCCACCAAAGGACCCGAUAUCUCCAACUCAUCCAACCUGGCCUUCACUUCCCAACUAUCUUCUCUCAUCGCCCAAGAGUCCAGCACAACCCGCGGUCGAGCCCGCCCAUCCAAGACCCCCAAAACCGAUCUCUUCGCCAAAUCCAACAAGGGAGCCGAGAAGCGCGUAGCUUCCGACCUCAAAGAUGACGGCUACACCCAACAAGUCCACAAGAGCAGCAAGGACAUCGGCACAGUCGAUGAAGCCACACUCGGUCGAUCCAAGCGUAAGAUGGAAGCGAAGGUGCGCCUAUACAACGACAUGAAGAAGGGAUCACACCUUGCAGCCGAAAGCAGUGAUGAGGAAGAUGGUCUCACCCACAAAAAGGCACGAGCGGAAGAUUACUAUUCUCGACUACGGCGCAAAGAGAAAGAAGGUCUGGUAGACUUCGAUCGCAAAUGGAUAGACGAAGAACGCAACCGUGAUGGAUCCCCGGUAGAUACCUCAGAUGACGAUUCAGACGACGACAAUGCGUCACAGAUAUCCUAUGAAGAUGAAUUUGGGCGCACGCGUCGCGGCACGAGGAAAGAAGCUGCCCUUGCAGCGCGCACGAAGGAGCAAGAGGCAAUUCAGGGCCGUGAGACUCGGGAGCGCUGGCAACCUGCGAGACCGGAUAAUUUGAUCUACGGAGUCACGGUCCAAGCGGAGGCAUUUAAUCCCGAGGAGAAAAUAGCGGCGCAGAUGGCCCAGCUUGCUGCGCGGAGAGAUCGGUCGGCCACGCCACCGGAAGAGGUGCACUAUAAUGCCGAUGCGGAAGUGCGCAAUCGGGGUACUGGGUUUUAUUCAUUCUCAGGGGAUCAGAAAGAGCGGCAGAGGCAGAUGGAAAAUUUGUUGAUGGCACGGGAGGAAACUGAGCAGCAGCGACAAGCUAGAGUGCAUAGAAGGGCAGAGUGGGAGGAGAGGACUAAUCACCGGAAGAGGGAGCUAGCCAAGUUACGAGAGAAGAGGAUGACGGAGCGGCUUUUGAAGGGUCUUUCGAAUGAUGGGCUCAUAUCCAACCAACCUACGGCAUGA